ACGAUUCCGUCAUUUUGCAAAUUAAUCCUAAUUGGGAAUUUAAAGUAGGUGCUUGCACUUAAUGCAGUGUACUUCUAAAGCACGCUUCGUGAAUCAGUGUAUAAGUUCACAGUAUGGACGAUAUCACUUCGGAACUACUGAAUAGCAAGAGAAAAAAACUGAAAAAGUGGUGGGAACAAUUAUCACAUUUAGAACAAAAUUUAAUCAUCUCGUUAGUCAUUAUAGGCACCGUUCUUUUAUUUAUAAUUCUUGUACUGAUAAUAAGAGGCGCAACGUCAUCAAAGAUUUGUACGACGCGACAUUGUUUAUUGGCGGCAUCCGAAAUUGCCACCCUCACGGAUCCUACGAUCGACCCGUGCCACGACUUCUACCAAUUCACUUGCCGAAAGUUGAGUGAACUUGAUAAUAAGAAAGUGCAAAUAACCGCCGAGCAAAUUGAAGAUAAGCUAAUCGACAUAUUGUUGGCGCCAAAUAACGGCGAUGAGGGUGACCAGUUAAUGGAGCACAAGCAAUUAUUUGGCAUGUGUCUAAAUCAGUCAGUGGGGGAGGAAUCUUUUAGGGAGAUAAAUGCGAUUAUGGGCGACCUGCACGGUUGGCCCGUGGCGUUGGGGUACGAGUGGAAAGCGGGCUCCUUCGAAUGGAAGAAUAUGAUAAAGGAACUGAGGUCGAAGGGCCUCCCUUACAAUAUGCUGCUUUCGAUAUCCGUUGCUCCAUCGCCUACCGACCAAACCUUCAUGCUGCACAUUCAAAAACCAGAAGUGGCAAAAAUUCCCCAACAAUACAGGUAUGAUUAUCGAAAAUUCAUGCAGGAGGUCGCGAUCGCGUUUGGUGCAGAACGAUCUAGAGCUCUAAACGAUAUGAAACGCGUUUUGGAUUUCAUUAUAGAAAUGGGUAAGUUAACAGACAAAUCAAAAAAAUACGAAAAGCACAGGCUCAUUGAUAUACAAAGGUAUUUCGGCGAGGUCGAUUGGGUGAAUUUUUUGAAUGAUAUUCUACAACCAUCUGCUUCGGUUACCAUUGACGACUACGUCAUAACGCCCGGUCACAAGUAUCUGCACGAAUUUUUUACUUUAUUAAAUCGCACACCUAAACGUAUUCAGGCUAAUUAUAUUUUAUGGGUCGUGGUGGAACAGUACCUUCCCUUUCUGUCUGAACGGCUCAGAGUAUUACAAUCCAAUUACGCACACUUGACUGGCUCUGUAAAAUUAUCACCUGAGAGGUGGCACUUGCAGCAGUGCUACAGUAUUGCUAGCAGCGCUUUUGUAUCUCCACCUGCUGAAAUAUUGUUCCUAAAGAGACACCAAAGAGAAGGCAAAGCGAACGGCAUUGUACAGUUAGCCCAAAAUGUGAGAAAAGCGUUUGUGAUAUUUUUGAAAGAAACGCGGUGGAUCACUAACGAUUCUAAGCUGAAGAUUUUGAGUAAGUUGGAAGAUCUAGCAAUUAUGGAAGCUUCCCUCAAUGAGGAAGAUGAUAAAACCCCUUCCACUGAAGGUGGAUUCCUUCACAGAUACUUGAUACACAUUAGGGAUAGGAUAAACUUUGAAUACAAACGAAUGCUUGACGAAACCAAGCAAGCCCACUAUCAUCCGCUGUACACCUUAGAGGUGACCUACUUACAGGAAACCAACACUCUUGUUCUUCCGAUCGGAUCAUAUUUUGCAGAUGUUCCAUUUUAUUUAAACUACGGCGAGCUUGGCUCGAUCAUUAGCCAUACACUUACUCACGCAAUGCUCGCUAAUGAAGAUGAACAACCGUGGACCGCAAAUUACAACGAAAGUUCAAAAUGUGUUAAACAUCAGAAUACCGAUCCUGUAGAUUUAAUCGGAAUACAACUCGCCUACGCCGCUUAUCAGAUUUGGGUUUACAACCACGAUGACGAAGAUCAAUUGAUUGGAUUACAGCAUACCCCCAAUCAAUUAGCGUGGAUUGCCUCCGCGCUCGGAUAUUGCUCACUAAUUCGAGAUCAAAGCACCAUCAACACGAUCACCAAAAACCAUCCAAACUUUCAUCGGGAUUUCGAAUGUCCUUGGGGUUCACCCAUGAAUCCGCUACAGAAAUGUACACUAAUUUAAUUUUUUGUCAAAGAAUAAAACCUUAAUUGUAUGGUACUUGCCGUUUUCAA